AUGUGGUAUUCACACACCAACCUUGACCGAGCCUUGGCGCCCUCUUUGGUUAGUCAUUCUCACCGCUUUACUAAACGACUUGUUACUCAGGCUGCAAAGCCGCAGCUAGGAGGAGUCGUCCUCUGCUCACCUUCUGCUCAAUCUCCACCCCAUCCCAUUUUUGGGUCCUCGCUAUUAUUGGCUACCCAUGCCCUGUCUAUUUCUGCUAUCCCUCAUGAAUCUUGCCAACUCUACGCGACAGUCUUACAGGACCCGGUAUUAGGUUUCGUGUGCAGUCGCACUCUUAUUUUUCCUACUUGCUCUUUGAGUCUUGGAGAAUGGCAAGAACGAAGAGCCCAGCCAAGACCUUUCGCCAAGCCAAAGAAAAGGGAUCUGGAUGAGAUACACGCAUUGGGGAUGGUAAUCCGGCAUUCACUAAGCCCAGGGCUUCCAACGGGCCGUACUACGUACGAACGUACCGAGUUCGUGAGCCGUACCUACGGAUUGUAUUACCCUUUUGGGAAGUUUUACCCUAGGAUUGGCACGGGUUACGAUACGUACACCUACCUCUCCUCCUCCCUAUCGUACGAACGUACACAAAAUCUCACCCGUACAGGCCUCAAAAUCGCCCAAUCGUACAGUACUACGCCUCGUUGGAAGCCCUGCACUAAGCUCCAACCCGCGGUGGAGAAGCGGUAUCAAAAUAAGGUCAGUUUAUGGCACAAGUACGUCUGCAUUGUUUCACGGUUAGGGAUUUCGCAAGUCCGCUUCGUAAUAUAUAUGUGCGAGGAGACGAAGUGCUGUUAG